AUGCCCCUCCGGGGCUUGAAAUCUUCCUUUUCGACCAGCAGCGUCAGAGCCGAGUCGCCUCUCCUCUUCCCUCCUCCUCCUCCUCCUCCUCCUCCUCCUCUCCUCCUCAGACUCGGUUCGAGAAUCGUGCAGCGAAUGGCGAUGUCUGAGGAGUAUAACCCCUCUUCAUCUCGGGCGACGAAUCAAGCCCCGCCGCCUCGGACGGCCCUACCGUCGAGGCCCAUCUCCGCGAAGCAACGGCAACCCGUUACACAGUCUCCGCCGCAACGUCAUACUUCCACGAACCCCGGACAAGUCGCCGCAAUGAACCCAAGUGGCUACACUUCUAGAUCUUCUAGAUCGCCCGUUGAUAGCCCAACGAAACCCGAAACCGGCCAGCGGGCCCUCCCCCAGAGGGCGCAGACCAGCGGCCAAACUGGUCAGGUGUGCAGCAACUGUGGCACCACUCGGACGCCCUUAUGGAGGAGAUCGCCGCAAGGAGCCACCAUCUGUAAUGCAUGCGGACUCUACCAGAAAGCGAGGAAUACCGCGCGACCAACAAAAUUGAAUCGAACGGGUGUUGCCCUCACUUCAGAGCCUCGCCAGUCUCCCACUAAACUCCCAACAUCGUUACCGACAGCAGCGAAAACUGGGAAGAGCAUUCCCGGAGCAACAUACGUUGCAGCAGACCAAGCGCCGGCAGGAACUUGCCCUGGGGGCGGCCGCUGUAACGGGACUGGUGGUGCCGACGGAUGCAACGGAUGUCCUGCCUACAAUAACCGGAUUGCGAAGAGAGCCCAGCUUAACGUAAAGGGUCAGGGGGCGAGUUGUAGAUCCGCUGAGCAGCCAACAGAACCCCACGAAUCUCAACCAGUGGAUAUCGCUGCCCUCAAGUCCCAGCAGGCGCAAAACACGCCCAUGGUUAUUGCCUGCCAGAAUUGUGCUACCACAAUUACCCCUCUAUGGAGGAGAGAUGAGAGUGGGCACACUAUAUGCAACGCUUGUGGUCUUUAUUAUAAACUUCAUGGCGUUCACCGUCCUGUUACGAUGAAAAAGGCGACUAUAAAACGACGCAAGCGUGUCAUUGCCGCACAAGACGAUGCCGAGAGCGUUGAGUAUGAGGGAUCGACCCGUAGCACUGAGGGAACACCGGAGCGCGGAACCAUGAAUGCUGAUGGCUCUGUCAACCUUGGCCUUCGACGCCGUCCGGAUCAACCACUCGCAAUCGAACCUCGACCUGGAUUCUCAGUUCCCGGAGGGCAGGGUUCACCUGGAUCUGGCCCCGCAGCCUACAGGAGCACUCACGGGCUACCGCAGCAUGAUGUUCCAAUGUACCUCAACGAAGAAAACCGGCUGGCAUCCCUAGCGACAGUCGCCUCGAGCGAAGAAAGGCAGCCGUCAUUGUCUCCGGCGUCGUUCCUCUCAUCCCGAAAGCGAUCCUUUUCAGCCACAGAGCCCGAUCCGCCGACAUCCCCAGAAGGGAAUCAUGAGACGACGAAGCGAAUAUCCUCGAUCAUCUCGAUCCUUAAUCCCACUGAUGAUGGCGCGAUCGAGACCAGCGGAUACGAGGACAGGAGGGACUUUUACCAUUCCAAUGCGAGAUCGCCGCAUGGCUAUGCGACGAACACUGGAUCAGUUCCAGCCUCGGGCAGCUCCCAUUAUUCGCCGAACGUUCCAACGUAUUACCGGGAUGUCAGUUCGGAGAGGGAUCCUUCAAAGGAAGAGCGAAGGGAAGCCCUACGACGCGAAGCAGAGAGAAUGCGGGCAAUGUUGGCACAGAAAGAACGAGAGUUGGCCGAACUCGGUCACGAAUAG